AUGCUCAUCUCACAAGUACUAUUGGCGCUGGGUGGAGUGAGUUUUGGCUCGGCGCAUUUCAUAGUUCCCAACGAUGACCAGGAUAUGUCCGGUCUCACGGUCAACUCGAUCCCAGCAGCGAAACGAGUCGAGUACAUGCAAAAGGCGAACGAGGCGCUCUUCCGGCAAAGCGGACCUUGCCCCUUUGCCGCAUUUGGAACCAUCAUCGUCAACCACACCAGCGACGAAGUUGUCUGCGAGGGAGCAAAUUUCCGAACUGGCGACCCUACUAUUCACGGAGAGAUCUCAGCCAUCAACGCAUGCACAGCCAAGUUUGCUGAACAGGGCAUGACGCCAACGCAGAUCUAUGCCGCAUGGGGAGAGCUAUCAAUCUACACGAACGCCGAGUCGUGUCCAAUGGUAUGUGCUUCAAGUUACCAGGAAGCUGGCAUCAUCGAAUACGUUUAUGGGACCACCAUCCAACACAACUACAACGUCGGCUGGGGUGUCAUGACUCUCAGCAGUUACGACGUUUUCCAGCAAUCUCGCCAGCUGCCUGGCUGUCAAACGUCCAUGAUCGGACAGAUCCUCACAAACGAGACGGACCCUCUCUUCUCAUGGCAGUACAACGCAAGCGCGCCUUGUCCGAACGAUUGUUUUCGUGUCCCAAGCGCGACUCGAGGCGGAACGACCUGCUCCAAUGUUACUAUCUCCCGAAGGGACUAUGAGGGGCUGUAG